GACAUUCCACAGGACGUGUGCCCAUGAGGUCGUCGACGCUGGGCUUGCUCUUCCUGAUCAGUGUCCAGGCUGUAGCCAACAUGCGAGGAGGUGCCCCGCCCCAGGAGGGGGCCGGGGGGGACACAGUGACACGCUCAAGGACACGGGCGGGGCCUGUGAGCUCCACCCCCGAUCAGCAGCAGCAGCAGCAGCAGGACUCUCACUCUCAUUCCAUCCCCACCGUGGACCCCAAACUCUUCCAGAAGCGCCGCUACCGCUCGCCCCGCGUGCUCUUCAGCGUCCUGCCUCCUGACGCGGAUGAGGGCCCAGCCCGGGGCCCGGGGUCGAGGGUUAGGCGGAGGGCCAGCCAGCCCCUGCACCGCGGGGAGUACUCCGUCUGCGACAGCAUCAGCAACUGGGUGGGCAAUAAGACCAAGGCGACGGACAUUUCGGGCAACGAGGUGACGGUGCUGCCCGACGUCAACAUCAACAACGUGGUGAAGAAGCAGUUCUUCUUCGAGACCACGUGCCGCAGCUCCAAGUCCAGCUCCUCAGGCUGCCGGGGCAUCGACAGCCGGCACUGGAACUCGUACUGCACCAACACGCACACCUACGUGCGGGCGCUCACCUCUUUCAAGAACCUGGUGGCGUUCCGCCUCAUCCGCAUCAACGCCGCCUGCGUGUGCGUGCUCAGUCGCAAGUCCUGGAGGCACUGACCUCCUCCCCCCACACCCU